AUGAUCAAGGCAUCCUUUCUGCAACCUUAUCUCCAACCUCAGUCAAGCUAUGCAGGGCCUGGCAAAGUAAACCAAAAUCCACACAGCUGUAAAAAGCCCAGUUGUGGUGAAGGCUAUGGUUGUUUGGGGAGGGAGCAAGGGAAGGAGAAAGAAAGCAAUCCAGUUGGAAAGAGUCACUGUUCAGACCUAAAGGAGCAAGAAAUAAGAGAGUCCACAAGAGACAAUUUCCUGCAGAAACCCUGCAAUACCAAUGGAGAGAUGCUACCACUAAAAACAGAUGGAAAUGAGUCCCCUGUAACGAGAGUCUCUCCGAGGCCUGCUUCAGGCCUGCUCCGUUCUGGUCUUAGCAACAGAAGUGACCAAAGCCAAGAAUGGAAAGUGGUGAAAUUUAAACGAGUCCUUAUUUCUCCUGUUGGUGAACCUAGGAAAGCAAAUAUUUCAAGAAGUGCAAGCCUUUCUGAAAAAGAACUGAAGGAAGCAAAAGCCAGGAGCCAGAGAAUUGCUGCCCAGUUGACAACCCCACCUAAUUCUAACUCCAAAGGGGUGCUGCUGUUUCACCGACGCAAGCAGCGGGUGAAUGCAUUUACCCUAGAAAACACAAAGACAAAUAGGGAACAAGCAGCUCCAGAGGUUUGCCCCAGAGCUAUUCAGCACAUCAUCCCAAGCCAUGGGAAAGCGCUCCAUGUGAAGGAGGCCUUAAGAGACAACAGAGAGCUGGAAGGAUUUUCCUGCAUCAAAGAUUCUGGGUUGUGGGCACAAAGAGGCAGCAUGGAAAAACAUGAGGAGAGCCUGGCUGUAGAACAGACAGCAGUGCAGGACCCUCAAAGGAAUACAAUCAAAAAAGAGGAGACCCUUUCCACAAUGAACACAACAUUAUCCUCUGAAGAUAUUCCAGCUGAAGACUUUCAACAAAUCCCUCUCAGUGUGUACCUAAAAGAGAAUACAGGGGAUGCCUCGUCUAAUGGAGUGCAUAAACCUAUCACUGUUGAGCUUGAAAAAAUGCCUGUUGUUGAACAAACACCAGUUACUGACAACAUUAAAAACAUAUCACCUAUUGUUGAUGAGGAGCUAUACCUGCCUGGCACUGACAGAGAAAAUAAUAGCAUCACUCCAGAAAAGGAACCAUAUACACUGCAUACAGACAGGGAAAAUAAUGUUUUUGAUAAAGAGCCAUAUUUACCACUUAUUGAUAGUGAGAAUAAUAAUAAUGCUCCUGACAAGGAAUUGCAUGUGCCUCUUAUUGAUAGGGAGAAUAACAUUCAUCUUGACAAGACAUUGACUGCAGCAAUUGUUGACAAGAAGGAGAAUGGAGAGAUUCUUAACAAGGAGCAAAAUGCGGCAGUUAUUGAGAACGAGAAAAAUCUCCCCACUACGGACACAGAGAAAUCCAUUCUAAUUACUGACAAACAGACCAAUGAUCCUUUGACUCACAGUAAGCAGUACUGUGAAGUACGCCUGACUUUGUCUAAACCAAUGCCUGUGAAAAACCGAACAGCAAGACCCUUUGGGACUCAGUCAUUAGUGACAACUCAUACACCAGCAGAGAAAAGCCCUGUAGUGGAACUUCCUCCGCCACCCACAUAUGCAGAAACAUUUUCCAGUCCUCCUCCAGUAACUAGAGUCAGGUCACCUCCAGCCUAUUCAGCUCUGUAUCCUACUGAAGAACAGAAAGCCUCUGUUCCACAAGUAGUUAACUAUAUAGACAGCAGACCAGGACCCCAAUCCAGCGAAGAAAGAGGACCACCUCCAACUAAAUCAGGCAUUCUGGACGAGUCCAUCACCCACAGAGCAGCCAAAAAGUCCAUGUUUACCUUUGUGGAGAAGCCAAAGGUGGCUCCAAAUCCUGACCUCUUAAAUUUAGUCCAGAGAGCAGAUAACAGAAAAAAGCAGAGAGGAAGAACCGUUCCUGAGGAUGAGCCAUUUGCUCUGGGAGCAGAGGCCUCCAACUUUCUGCCUGAAAAUACAUUGAUAGAUGGCCUAGCUCAGGCUACUACAGAUAGUGCCCCUGAAUGGUCUUCAUGUUUAAGAUCACCAAGAAUACAACCCAAACCUAAGAUCAAAUCCAACCAAAAUCUAACAGAGGCAAGAGGAAAGGGAGCAGAAUUGUUUGCCAGGAGACAGACAAGGAUGCAAAAGUAUAUCAUAGAGUCCCCAUCACACCCUGAUGUAGCCAGGUCACCUUCACCUACUAUUUCCCUCCCUCCUUCCUGGAAAUAUGCUUCAGAGACUCAUCUGUCCCCCAUGGCAUUCCAACCUUUACCCAAAAGUCCAAUAAGAUCUCCAAGAGCUCCCCCUCCCAUACCUUUGUACAACAGCAACAUGACAGAGAGCGAAAUUUCCAAAAAAGAGUUGGAAAUUUCCAAACAACAGCCAUACCAGCUCCAAUCUUCCUUGUUCAUUCUUUCCCCAGCCAAAGAUCCAAUGAGGUCUUUACCAAGAGCAGCACCACCACCAAAGCCAGUGGUUCCUGAACCCAGCUAUAUGAGACAGGCUUCUUGCCCAACGUCUCCCUUGCCAUCUUCUGUUUUGUAUCUACCUGUCCAGUCAAGUCCAAGCAGAGCAUUACCUGGCCAUUUUGUGCCAUCUGCUGGAACUGUAUUUGCACCUCAAAAUAUCACAACUGCUGGAGCACCAAUAGACACUUCUAUUGAAUAUUCCUCCAGAAUUUUGUCUCCAAGAGCUAAAGGGGUCUACCAAGCUCCCAGGCCUUCUUAUUCCACCAAGGAUGCAGGAAUUGAGCCUCAGGAAAGAAGGGUAUCCCUCCCUGCUUCCCCAUCAUGGAUUCCACAACUGGUCCGACAGCCUAGCAGUUUAGAUGGUUGGGUGAGCCCAGCCCAAACACCAGAACCUGAGGAAGGGCAUUUGGAGGCCUUUCAAGCAGCCAGCAUCAUGACCCCACCUCCUAUGUCUCCUUCAUGGAGUGAAAGGUCUCUGUCCCCAUUUCGGCAAGAGACUGAUCCCAAGUCUAGCCGUCAGAUGCAAGUAAUGCUAGCUAGAAACAUCAUCAAUGCUGCCCGGAGGAAGAGCUCUUCUCCUAAAGCCACAGGGAUAGAUAAUUUCAGGCCUUUCACUCCCCCUGCCUCUUCUGCCAAUGUGUCAUACUCAAGUGGCAGUCCUAAGAACACAAAUACUCAUUCCUCAAGCCCACUGCAAUCUCCCAAGCCAACAAGAGUGGAGGGAUACAGACGUGUCUCCCUCCCCACCACAACCACUGCACCACCACAAAUCAGUGCAUCAUCAAACAAUAGCCCCAGAUUUAUGGGCAGCCAUUCCCCAAUCUAUAAAAGCCCACUGCAAUCUCCAAAAUCAUUGCGGAUGAAUGGGAGCAAGUACUUCACAUUGCCUGCCAGCAGUGGAGCAUCAUUGUUCAAUUAUGCAUCCAGUGAUGGACCAAGAACUAUAGGCAACAAUUCUAUGACCUACAGAGAUCCAGCACCAUCUUCCAAACCCUCAAUCAUGGAUUCUCACAGGAUCUUCACACCACCAGCAAGUACAAGCAGAAAAUCAUCAUGUACCAGUCCUAAGAAUCUGGACAACUGUUCCCCAACCAUCAAAAGUCCCCUGCAGUCUCCCAUGAUGGGAACACACAAUGCAGUGAAGCGCUAUACCACUAGUUCACCUACCAACUCAGAUGUGUCCAUCGACUCUGAAGACUCUGGGAUCAAGUCACCCAGCAUCCGCAGCUUCAACAUUUGUCCCCGUGGCUGGAAUGGAAGCUUGAGGCUGAAGCGAGGUAGCCUGCCUGCAGAGGCAUCCUGUAUCUCCUAAACUUGUGAUUAUAGAAGUUAGCUAAGAAAUAGAUGAGAUCUGUUGUUUAAUAUUUCUGUAGGCCUAUAACACUACAACUACCAAAUUCUGUCAACCUACUUAAGCAUCAGAAAUUAGGAGCUGGAGCUAUAAAGACAAGGUGUAAUAUUUCUUCUCAACUUUUCUGGGAAUUUUAAGUAUGGGGUAGAAGCUGUUCAUUAGACAGAAUAACUUAGGGCAAAGGUGCUCUAAUGUGAGGGAAAUGUGAUUCCAACUCUACCCCAAUACACCAGAUUUUAGUAGGAUGCCUUUAGUUUCUUCCCAUUAUACAUCUGCAUGCAUAUUUGGCUUCACAAUUUUUGAGUCAACUAUCUCAGCUGGGUAGGAGUCGUCAAUACUUUCCUUGUUCAAGGAAGGCUACUUUGACUUGGACUGCUUUUGUUCCCACUCUGAAAUAUCCAUUUGGAGGCUGUCACAGAUGGAGCCUGCAAAUUCUCCUUCCGAUGGUAUAAUCCUCAUUGAACAAGCAGGAGAAGAGGCCCUCCAACUUUGAGUUUGCCUUCUAUUGUAAUAGGUUUUUUGUCCUGCCUUUUGAUGCGACGAGACCUUGAGUCAGACCCACCUUCAGUUGCCUGAAGGGAUGAGUAGAAAGCAGGGGAAGGGGACAUGAAGCCAUUCAAUGGUUAUUUCUGCCAGCUGAUCUGCUUGAUAAGACCUAUCUUUACAUAUAUUCUAGAAGAAGAUAGCUAUGGCAUUCUCCUCUCUGGACUGCAGGAGUUGUGACAAACCAGCAUUGAGAAUAAGUCCUGGGAGGGAGAACUGAGCUGAGCUGCAGAAUGAUGAAGCAAAGAACUUUUACACAAGAAGAAUAUAAGUCCAAUUUUCAGAAAGUUGCCAUUGUCCAAGAAAAUCUGGAAAUCAUCUGACAGAGAAACGAUUAUUAGCCAAGCAUGUAGACAGAAAAUGAUAAACACCACAUGUCCUCAUACAAAGCUAACACCCCCAAAUCAGUGUCUGGUAACCAUAUUUUUUGUUAUGAAAAAAAAAACUUCCUCGCUAAAGCUAGCACUAAUGUGUGGGUACACAUGAGAUUUUCCAGUAUGGAGGGCUUCUUUGCCUAACAUAGGCCAAAGUGUGGACCAUUUAAGAUGAUGUGGACUAUAAACAGCUUCCUGCUGAGCUACAGAUUUUGUUAAGGUGUUGGGAAGUGAGAUAGGGUUCAUAUAAUAAUUGAAAGUUCAUAAGUGGCAAGUCUAGUGUUCCCCCCGCCCCCGCAUCAGAACCAUGAUUUUAAAUAACAGCUGAUUCCAGAUGAGACGGUUUUCUCCUGUUGCAGUCAUGUUGCUGGUCUAAUUGUUGCUCAAUUCACACUUGCAACAGAGAUUACACAUAGCAAAAGGUAAUCUAGUUUUGCCCUCUUGUUAGCCAUUGUUUCCCUUUCACACCAGAUGCACCCAUUCCAUUGUUGACCUGCCUCUACCAUGAGUCUUUGCCCAGAUGUUUUGUUUUGCUGGGGGUUUUUGGUGCAUGCACAGUGCUGCUCAACAAAGUGCUGCACUUUUUUUUAAAAAAAAGCAUCUGCAUAGUGCUACUCCAGAGUAAUACAAUACUUGAAUCUUUGGGGAAUGCUAAUUGAUGGAAGGUACUGGCUGUCUCAUUGUAGUAUACUAUAUUGAAAAGACUAAUUGGCCACCUACUGCUUGAGUGAAGGAGACAAAUUGUAAUGUAGUAACAGAAUCACUCUGACUCCCCAAAUAAUAAUAAUAAUAAAAUCUCAAUUGUGUUGGUGUCAGCAAUUGCACCAAAGCAUUUCACUGUGAAAAUGCAGAGGAAGAGGGGAGUCCUUUCAUUUAAAUACAAGGCAUACCUUUCUUUAUGGACAAAUUAAGAAGAUAAUCUCAGCAACACCAUGCCAGGAUUUUUUUCCAGGUUUAAAAAAAGCAGAGUUUAUAGUGGAAAAAAUGGGUUGUUCUUGAUUGCACAGGAAUGAAGGACACUAUUGUAUGGAAACACACAAAGUGCAUGACUACAGUAGCUGAAAUAGAGAAAAACCUCCAUGUGGAAUCAGCCCAGGACAACCCCACCCCCCCACCCCAGUCUUUCCUUCAUAUUAGCAGAAUGAUGUUUGAAUUUUAAAGACUUGGUAAGGAAUCGAAUGGCUAAGAAAAAUGCAAAGAAGUCAAACUCCAAUUAGAUUCAAGAAAAAGAGUCUGGGUACCACAAUAAUGUCCCUCCUAAAUGCCAAGGUGUUUCCAUUCAACUUGCCAUCAGCAUCACAAGCUGACAGGUCUUAUACCUGAUUUCUUGGUAAUAAUGAAAAACCUGUUUGACAUGAAUCUUGUGUGCUCAAGAAGACCUCUUACACACAAGAAACAAGGUUGUUUGGCAACAGAAUUUGCUGAUCGGACUCCUUCCAGACACUCCCCAACUUCUUCGUGUUCACAAUCACAAUUAGAUCCCUAUUAAAAAAAUAAGCUGCCUCUUUAAUUAAUAGAACCUAAUGAGGCCACCUCCUAACUCUGGGCACUCACAUUUGGCCCACUCUCUCUCUUUCCUGUCUGUUGUGUAAGUACAGCAUCACAGCCCAUAUUCCAUCAGGGUGGGCAUGGCCGUAUCAGGUAUUCCACUUGCUUGCCCUCGAUUCUGUACUCAUCAUCUAUUUUUAUCCCCGUAACCUUUAAAGACAGGAGACAGGAACAUGGCCUCAGUGUUAAUUCAAGGUGAGUCAGGAAUGAAGUUAGACCCCUUUCUUUGUUUUCUUCUGUUCGUGCAUAGCUUAUGUGGAAAAGGACAUGGGCAAGAUCUGGAUUGCUAUAUCCAUGAACGAAAUACUGCACACUUAGGGUUGCCAGCCCCCAGGUAGUGGCUGGAGAUCUCCCAGUAUUACAACUGGUCUCCAGACCACAAAGAUCAGUUCACCUGGAGAAAAUGGCUACUUUGGGGGUGGACUCUAUGGAAUUAUGCCAUGCCAAGUUCCUUUCGCUCCCCAAACCCCACUUUCUCCAUGUUUCUCCAGGUUUCACCCCCAAGAUCUCCAGGAAUUUCCCAACUUGGAGCUGGCAACCCUAUGCACACUAUUCUGUAUUUAACCUUGUUCAACUGCCCCUUAAUAUAAUACCAUGGGAGUCCAUCAAUAGAAUUUUCUUGUUUGCAAGGAAGGAAUUACUACAGAUUAUAUAACCUUAGAUUGUAACUCCUUGCUCUUUAUAAUCCCUGUCACAUCAGGGAAUUUGCCAAUCCACAUUUGGGCUUCAGCUGUAACACAUCAUUUGGGAAUCAUUGCUGUAGGCAACAGCGGGAACUCACAGUUAUGCCAAAAUAAAGAUUUUGCUACUUCAGGGACCUGAGUUCUGCCUUGACUCAGCAGACUCCAAGAGCUAGUAGAACAGUGUAAGAACAUCCAGUGCUAUGAAAUAUUUGUUUCUCCUGCAGCUGCUUGGCCUCUGGGGCCUGGAGGUUAAAUUGAUACUUUGGCUCUGCUCGGAUUUCACUAAAGGAAUGGCAAGGGGGAGAAGAAUAUCAUACAUUGCAUCCCACACUGAGACCUCUGUUAUGACUGACUUGUCUGGGUGAUACAUUUCAGUCCCACAGAUGGGCUACCAGGGAGCAUAUGGUAUACUGAGUGGUAUUCUCAGAUAGCUCUCUGGACAGUCAACCAGUCCUCUGGAGGAGGAAUAACAACUUGGGGGAAGGGAAGGCACCAAGGAAAUGUUGACUGAGCCCUCUAGCGGCUCAAGGUGUUAACUGCAAUUUUUUAAUCUGAAAAGGUAGAGAUUUUUAUGAAGUGAACAUUAAGGCAGCAGUGGUUAAAUGUGCUUUCAAAAAGGUAACAAUACUAUGGCAGAAUAAAUGUUCUGCCCUGGUCUUGGUUAGCGAUUUGAAAGACUGAAAAUCUUGUUUAACGGUUGGAAGGAAAUUCUGUAUGUUGUUGAGUGUAUGAGAGUCACUGAUCCGAGAGAUCCAAGAGAAGAUGUUAAAAGAAAUGUUUAUGAUGUUGAGAAUCUCUAGAGGCUUCUUUUUGCUUCCUAAAUUGCACAAGGCAGUUAUGCAGACUUCAAUACACUGCUGUUUGUACCUUUGAAAAACAAUGAUAGGACUGGAAAUGUAUGGGAUGAAAACAUUGUCAUAAGAGCACAUUCCUGCCCUUUUUUGGGUGCAAAAGCUUACAUUCUUUCCAGUGAAAACGGAAUUUUUAAAAAACAACAAUAUAUAUACUGAAGUAAUAAUUUUGGAGGUGUGAUAUUUAAAUACACCCUCCUUAUCCAUGGCCAAGCCCUGUAAGCAUGGAUGAUGUAAGCAAACUUGGAAGCAAUACAAAAAGGGAUUCAUAAUACUGAAAGGAAACUAAGAAAGAAAAUAUAAUGCAACCUAAGAAAAAACUGGAGUUCUUCUUUGGUGGGUGGAGGAAUAAUGGCACAAGGAAGAUGUCUGAUUCACACUUUCUUUCCCUUUCAUUAUGAAACAGGCUUCAGUUCUUUCUCAAAAAGUCCCCAUGUGAUGUUUUCUGUUGCUGGAACAGGAUUCCAUCACACAGUAAAAUAAUCUACGCCAAACAUGUCCGUGCUUGAAACAACUUGCACAGAUGAACACUGGAUCAGAACAUUGGGCCAUCAAAGCCAAUACUGUCUACUCUGACUGGUAGUGGCUCUCCAGGGUCUUGGUUAGAGAAAGGUCUCUCACCUUACCUACCAGCUGAUCCAUUUAACUGGAUUGAACCUUGGACCUUCUGCAUGUAAAGCAGAAGCCCUGCCACUGAGGCACAGCCCCUUCCCAUGAUUCACACUCUCGCUCUACUUCUUGAUGACUUGGAUUCUGUUAUGGCCUUAGAACUAUUGCAUGGGACAAUGGCUGCUUCUGGGACCAAGGAGGAAGUGUAAUCUGUGCAAAAAGUAACUGGAGGUAAGCGCAAGAAUGGGAAUAUAAUAUCUAACUAUGAGCAUCUCCUAGAGCAACAUCAUUGAUCAAACUUAAUUCAUGUGUGACAGUGAACCACAAAGUGUAUCAUCAGGUUUCAGGAUCUCAAAUUGAGUCGCAUGAUUAUCCUGCUUCUUAUAAUACAACUUAAUUCUCAGUACAAGAUGGAUGGUUUACUAGACCAAGAACAAUUUAUGUUAAAUAGCAAUAAUGGCUAGGGUUUUUUUAAUGAUGAUGGCCAGUUGUUGAGGAGGUGCUAUUGUUCAUUCUGGAUUUUUAAAAAAAAAAGUUUUGUAAAAAGUUUGUUGUUAUUCAAAAUAUUGAUAAUGUAAAAUGUCUCAGUGUAUUCAGAUACUGUUUGUAAAUAAUAAUGCAUGACUUCAGAAGCAACAUGUAACCUGCAAUAUCCACUGUGCAACAAAGUGUACACCUUUUCUCCUUUUUCUGGUAGUUUACUCAAUCCAAGCAAAAAUCUCUUCAUCUGUGAUGAAAUCUGUUUCUUUGUGGCUUCUUUCCAUUAUAGGCUCAGCUAAUCCAUUUCUCAGCAAGGUAAGUUACAAAGCAAACUGAAUCAGGGACAUUUUUAAUGUUUAGAAAGCCCCCAUUUGUAUAGAUUAUUAAUCUCUAACUCCCAUGGUUCUAAAUGAGACAGCUCAUUCAAAUCUUCUUGCACACACCUGGAUUCAUUUUCACAGUAGAGAACAGUAGAAGCUUUGACCCUUCUUUAUUGAUGGAUUUCAGUUAAAUUUAUUUCAAAAUUCAAAAAUUGAAAUGGGUUCACAGUUUACAAAAGCUUUUACAUGCAAAGCAGAUGUAUCAUUUCUGCUUCUUGGGAAUGACUCCCAGAAAAAAAUGAACAACAAAAGGUGAAUUAUUCCAAAUGGAUCUCUCACUAACAUGUUUGGAGUUAGCAGCAUGUAGAUGAAGCACAAGAUUGCACAAUGGAAUUGCUAAUAAAAUAUUACAAAUGUCUAUCUUAAAGGCCUGUAAAACCACUGGUGACUUCUUUGGUUUCUGAGAUGCCUUCAUCCUGAAAUUCUGUAACUAAGAACAUAUUGGGCUUGCAUCGCCAGAUGCUCUUUGCAUUAACACUGUGCCACACCUCUGUAUACCAAGCUCUAAAAUAAAUCAGAAAUUAACCAGA